AUUAAAAUAGCUCUCUUGAUCUUCUAUAUAUAUCUUCCAUUGAAAGAGCUAUCUUUUCAUUGAGAGAGCGAAACCCAUGAGGUAAAUUAAAGAAACUCCAUGAUUGUUCUUCCAGCAACGGCGCCCAUGAGCACCGCCAUUGCUAUGGCGGCUCCGGCCGUCGUACUGGGUGGGCUUUUGUUGUGGUUGAUCAAUUGGUAUUUUCAUGAGCAAAAGAGUAGAGUGUCUGCAGUUCAAAAAAAGAGUAGAGGGUCUCAACUCCCUCCAGUGCCUGAGGUAUCAGGGUUACCAGUGAUUGGCAAUGCGCUGCAACUGAGGGAGGGGAAACCCCACAUGACCUUUGUUAAGUUGGCCAAAAAAUAUGGUCCUAUCUACUCUAUAAGAGUUGGAUCCAAGCCAAUUAUUGUCCUCAACAGCGAGGACAUUGCCAAGGAGGCCAUGGUGACCAGAUUCUCAUCGAUCACAAGAAAAAACCUAUCAAAGACUUUAUCAAGGGCUGCUUUCGAUCGAAAGAUGGUUGCACUGUGUGAUUAUGGCGACUUCCACAAAACGGCGAAGCGACAUCUAACCCAUAAUGUUGUCGGACCUAAUGCUCAGAAGCAACAUCGGGGUCACAGAGAUACCUUGAUAGAUGAUGUUGUAAAAGACUUCCAUACUCAUGUGAAGAACCAUGGCCUUCAACCUGUAAACUUCAGGGAUAUCUAUUCAUCUGAUAUCUUUGGGUUAGCGUUGAAAGAGGCUAUAGGGAGGGAUGUGGAGUAUAUCAAUGUGGAGGAGCUGGGAAGAUUAUCAAGACCCGAGAUAUUAAAGAUUUUAUUGACAGACCCAGUAGAAAUUGCGCUCCAGUACGUAGAUUUGGGAGACUACUUCCCUUGCCUAAAAUGGAUUCCGCAGAGGAAUUUUGAAAGGAAAGUCGAGAAAAUGUAUUCCCGUAGGCUAGCAGUGAUGAAGGCUCUCAUUAAGGAGCAGACUAAACGAGCUGCUUCUGGCGCGGAGAUGAACAACUGUUAUCUCAAGUAUCUGUUAGCCGAAGGGAAAACACUAACAGAGAAAGAAAUUACUAGUUUGGUUUGGGAAGUGAUUAUUGAAUCGUCAGACACUACCAUGAUCACCACAGAAUGGGCCCUGUUUGAACUUGCAAAGAAUCAAAAGAUACAGGAAAGUCUUUACGAAGAAAUUCGAAGCGUUUGCGGGUCCGAUAAGGUUACCGAGGACAAUCUGUGUCAGCUUCCAAUAUUAGAUGCUGUUUUCCAUGAAACUCUGAGAAAAUACCCUGCUCUUCCAAUGGUUCCUCUGCGAUAUGUAAAUGAAGAUAUAGAAUUAGGAGGAUACUAUGUUCCUGCUGGAAGUGAGAUUGCUAUCAACCUUUACGGGUGUAACAUGAAUGAGAAGCAGUGGGAGAGACCCGAAGAAUGGAACCCUGAGAGAUUUCUCGACGACAAGAAGGAAUACGCUCCCAAUGAUUUGUACAAGACAAUGGCGUUUGGAGCUGGAAAGAGGCUUUGUGCGGGUUCUCUCCAAGGGGUGGUGAUCGGUAGCACUACAAUCGCGAGAUUGGUGCAAGAGUUUGAGUGGAGACUCGAAGAUCGGGAGGAAAAAGAUGUGGAUAUUGUUGGAAUCGCGACUAUGAAACUUCGUCCGAUGCAUGCAGUCAUACGGCCGAGAAAUUUAUGAUCGAGAUUGGCGGGAAAUAUUUGUGUUCGGUUGGCGUUGGAUCGAUGGACGGCAAAGUAGGGUGCGUUCUUGUUAUCUUAAUUUGGAACUUAAAGUUUAGUCAUUCUCCUAAAUUUAUUUAGACAAAUAAGUUUAGAAGAAUGCAUAAUCUAAACUUAUUUGAAAAUAAGAUCCAAAAUAAGUUAAGAUUCUAAAAUAAGAUCACAAGAAUGCACCCUUAAUAAGUAUUUGGUGUGUGCGGACGCAGUGUUUUGUUUAUGCAACUUUGCCGACUAAUUAAUGCUGUAUUCCUGUAAUUUGUGGUUCUAUUCCUCGUGCAUGUAAUAGGUGGCUGAUUUGAUAGCCAAUUAUUUUGUCCUAUCUUUUGAUUCUCCACUUUGGGGGGGAGAUUUCUCCCUCCGGCUCAGUUGGAGGCUUCUCUGGAUAUGUCUUCCGAUGGAUAAUGAAUAAAGCCUACCGAUUGAUCCAAAAAAA